GGAAACCCUCAUGGAAGUAUGAAGGAGAUGGUGGGAGGCUGCUGUGUCUGUUCUGAUGAGCGGGGCUGGGCGGAGAACCCGCUGGUUUACUGCGACGGGCACGGCUGCAAUGUGGCGGUGCACCAAGCUUGCUAUGGAAUUGUCCAGGUUCCCACUGGCCCCUGGUUCUGUCGGAAAUGUGAAUCCCAAGAGCGAGCCGCCAGGGUGAGGUGUGAGCUGUGUCCCCACAAAGAUGGAGCCCUGAAACGGACUGACAACGGAGGUUGGGCUCACGUUGUCUGUGCUUUGUACAUCCCAGAGGUGCAGUUUGCCAACGUGCUCACCAUGGAGCCCAUAGUCCUGCAGUACGUGCCCCAUGACCGCUUCAACAAGACCUGUUACAUCUGUGAAGAGCAGGGCAGGGAGAGCAAAGCAGCCUCAGGAGCCUGCAUGGCCUGCAACCGCCACGGCUGCCGCCAGGCUUUCCACGUCACCUGUGCCCAGAUGGCUGGCCUCUUAUGUGAAGAGGAAGUCCUAGAAGUUGACAAUGUCAAAUAUUGUGGCUACUGCAAAUACCACUUCAAUAAAAUGAGCUCGAGGCACUCUGGAGGCUCCUUCAUUGCUGGGAGGAGGAGUCGCUCCACAUCCCCUGCCCAGGAGAAGCAUUUGUCCCACCACGAGAGGCCAAAGAAGAGUCGGAAGGACAAGGAAAGACCUAAACAGAAGCACAAAAAACGUCCAGAAUCUCCCAGCAGCCUUACCCCAGCCUCGGUGCCCAUCACUGCAGAGAAGGGCUCCAGCAGCCACCAUGAGGGGAGCAAAGAGACCCCGGAGGUCGGGAGAUCAGAGGUGAAAGGCAAGAAAUCCUCCAGCCAUGGCAGCAGCCACAAGGGGAAAAAGACUGGAAGUGGGAAAAGCUCCGUUGGGUUCAGCUCAGCCUCAUCCAGUGGCACCUUCCAGCCUGCAGGUACCUCCUGCAGCACCUUGCAGGGCUCCCAGGACUUCGUGACCUUCCCCAAGCUGGAGCAGGAGGAGGAGAAGUACAGGAAACCCGUCUCCUCCUCUUCUUCUUCCCACUGCUCCCCUCUGUACGAGGCUCAGAAAGGGGACAUCUUUGAGCAGAAAGUGAUCUUCUCAGGCUUUGGCUCCAUCAUGCGUUUCUCCACCUCCUCUGUCAGCCAGCAGAGGGGCCGUGAGGCUUCUUCCCCUGUGGACUACAAAACCCCAAACCCUCCCAGUGCCCCCUCGGUGGGGCCGAGCAGCGGGGGGAGCAGCAGCAGCAGCCACAAGAGGAUGCCCUCCCUUAGCAUGGAGGAGGGAGAGGUGCUGAAGGAAAAGAAGCACAAAGGGAGCAAGAAGAACAAGCACGGGCCCGGCAGACCAAAAGGGGGCAAAAGCAAAGAGAUUCUGGGUGCCCAGCUGGCUGGGUCCACCUCUACGUCCUCCUCGCCCUUCUCCGGGGGUUCUCUUGUCAGCUCCAGCAUUGGGAAUUCCUCCCGAGCCUUCAGCCACACAGGGAAUCUCCCCAGCCUCAGCAUGGAGUCCCCACUGCUGGGUUCAGGGAUCUACACCAGUAACAAGGACCCCAUUUCCCACGGGGGGGGAGUGCUCCGAGCUGUAUGCAGCACCCCCCUCUCCUCCAGCCUCCUGGCACACCAGGGAACCUCUUCCCUCCCACAGCUCACACGUUCUCCCUUUGCCAGCACUAUCCCAGCCUCCUCCUCCUCCUCAGUCUCCACCACCCAGGUGUUCUCCCUGGCAGGUUCAACGUUUAGCCUCCCUUCCUCCCAUAUUUUUGGGAGCCCCCUGACAUCUGGGCUAUCCAUCAACCCCCUCCUGACUCAGUCGGAGAGCAGCCGGGCAGAACCUGACCUGGAAGAUUGCAGCUUCGGCUGCCGUGGGACAUCGCCCCAGGAGAGUCUCUCCUCCAUGUCCCCCAUCAGCAGCCUCCCCACCCUCUUUGACCAGACAGUGUCUUGUAGCAGCAGUGGGCAGCUGGAAAAUGUUCCCCAGGCCACCCCAAACAUCGAGCAGCUCCUGGAGAAACAGGGCAACGGGGAGGCUGGAGUAAACAUUGUAGAGAUGCUCAAAGCCCUGCACUCCCUGCAGAAGGAGAACCAGAGGCUCCAGGAGCAGAUCAUGACCCUGACAGCCAAGAAGGAACGUUUGCAGCUCCUCAACGUCCAACUCUCUGUCCCUUUUCCUGUGGUCACCAGCAGCAAUGGCCCAGGCAGCCAGGCCCAGUACAUCCUGCCUCCCAAUGUCUGCAACAACAACGAUUCCCUGAGCAUCAGCAAGAGCCCCCCCUGCAAGAACAGCUUUGGGAUUGAGAACUCACUCUCCACUUCCUCUGAGGACCCUCAUUCAGGUUGUCCCAGCAGGAGCAGCUCUUCCCUGUCCUUCCACAGCACUCCCCCCCCCCUGCCCAUGCUGCAGCAGAGCCCGGCAGCCCUGUCCCUGCCCGGGGGACAGCAGCUCAAUGGCAUGGCCAGGGGGACAAGCAGCGGGCUGGGGGGAGGCAGCUCUGGCAGCCACAGCCUCCCCAUGGUGGAGGGGCUGCUGGGGGGGCUGGCAGGAGCUCAGCAGAUGCCCCUCAAUGGGAUCCUGGGGAACCUGAACGGAGCUCAGGCUGCACCUCCCAGUGCCCACACUGCACAGGCCAGUGGAGCAGCAGCCAUGCAGCUCUCCAGCAGUGUUCCCAGUCUGAGCCCCCUGACAGAGCAGCAGAGACACGUCCUGCACCAACACGAGCAGCAGCUCCAGCAGCUCCAGCAGCUCCUGACUUCCCAGCCACUUAAUCCAGAGCAGCAGGCCCUGGUCUUCCAGAUGAUGCAGCAAAUCCAGCAGAAGAGGGAGCUGCAGAGGCUGCAGAUGACCAACUCCUCCCAGCUCUCCAUGUCCAACCUCCUGGCAGCCACCUCUGCCCCCCUGCACUCCAGCACCAGUGCCCUGAUGACCUCAGCCCCCCCCCAGCCACCCCCCAGCACCAGCUCCCUCCUCGCCUCCCUUUCCCCCCAGCAGCUCAACCCCAGCAGCUCCCUCCUGGCCCCCCAGGCCACCCCACCACCUGGGAGCAGCCUCCUGGCCUCAGGGACAGGGAUGCCACCCGUCCUGACAGCACAGACUCACCCCUUCCUCAACCUGCAGGCUGAUGGCAACACCCCCAAGGGAACGAGCAUGAAUGACAAGGGAGCUCCUCUUAGCCAGGACAAGGGCUAAGCUCCCCCCUCACCCUCAGCAAACCAGCAGCCAACUCCUCUCAGCCAGGGGACUGUGGCUUUCUGCAGCCAGCACUGACACUGGCAGAGCAAUGAGCACAAAGCUUCCAAGAAGCAUUCCCUGCCACUGGGCAGUGCCAAGAGGUGCUUUGGAAGACAGCACAUCCCUGACCAAGCCCUGGGAUCAGGAGGAGAUGAAGGUUGGGGGGGCUCCUGCUGCCCUGCCCCGGGCCAGCUGGGCUCAGAGUGAAGCUGUGUCCCUGCAGAGUGAGUUCACACCAGCUCCCACCAGUCCCCUCCCAGCUCCCCACCAGUGCCAGCCCAAGGCACUAAAGACCCCCCCACCCCCCUCAGAUGUGACCUUGGGGGGAAGGACCCCCCCACUGCUGAGGAUUCCUCUCUGCCUGGUGCAGAGGAACCCACGGGGACAGCACUGGAUGUGGCACAGCUGGGGACGUGGUGGCAGUGGGCUCUGCUCCAGCUGGAGAACUCCUGGAGCUGAGAUUCCUCCUCCUGGGAUGCUCAGAGCCACCCCAGCACCUCAGCUGGAUCCAAGCCCAGGAGUGAUGGAGCCACGGGGAAGGAUUGGUGCUUGGGGAGGAGGUGACAGCCAGGUGACAGCUGAAGGACACUGCCACAUCUGCAGCUGCUGGCCCUCUGUCCCUGCUGCCUCUGGCUCUUCCCAUCCAAGAUUUCCAAAGGCUUAAAUCCAAGAUUUUUCCUCGCAAAAAGAGGCUGUGGCCAACAUCAGAGGUGUGGUUUGGAGCCUGGUGGUUGUUUCCCUAAGCUGGGAACUCCGAAGCUGAGGAAGAGAGAAUUCCCAAACCCAUUCCCUGCCAGCUCUUCCCAGUCACUCCAGUCUGGCAGCUCCCACUUUCUCCAAGCAAUGGGACAAUCACCCAUCUCCUGAGCUGGGACAUCACCAGAUCCUUCCUUCUCCUCUGCCUUUUGUCCUCAACUCCAUCUGGCAGCCUGGAAUCUCAGCAGAGGAAUUCUCAUCCCCAUGGAUUGGUGGCAGGAGGGGGGGGGGAUGGCUCUGGGGAAGGGGAGCAGCGACGUCAAACGUGCAAAUUCCCCUUUUUUUAUCCUCAUCCCCUCCUUAAAUCCAGAGCUCCUGGGGACUCUGAGGGUCUUCAAAACUGUCAGACCUUAAUGGGUAUUUUUUUCAGCACAUUCCCACUGCCCUUUACUAGUUUGCACUAUUCAGAUUUGUCAGCAGUGGGGCUGUGCUGAUAGGACCAGGAGAACUUCUUCUGGGCAGAACUCCCCUGCUAAAUAUUUUUUUUUCCUUUUAAUUUUAUUUGAUUUCUUCUUUUUCGUUGUUUUUUGGUUGGUUUGGUUGGAAGGUUGUCACCACAAUGGUUGGAUAAGGCUAAAAGGAGAGCAGAUACUGAGCUCAGCCUUCUGGGAGCUGGGCAGAACACUGCUGGCUGCUCAGAAAUAGAUAUAUUAGAUAUAUCAUUUUUUUCUUUUUAAUUUUAAAGAAAAGCUAAUGUUUUAACAAGGUUAAGAAGCUAUUGGGAAGAUGGAGAUGGCAGCUAAAAGUGACAAUGCAGGUUAAAAAAAACCCUUGUGGUCUCUGCAGCACAGCCCUGGAGGGGAUCAAUGAGCUGUGGCUGUCCCCAUGUCCCCUUGUCCCCUUGUCCCCUUCCCCUGUAGGUCCCAGGCUGAGCUGUGCCACCCCAGGUACUUGCAGAAUGUGAAUGAGAUCCCAGUUGCAAAUCCUUUGGCUCUGGUUUUUCCCUCUUCCCCCAGAAAUCCCCCUGGCACAGUUCUGUGCUUGCACUUUUUUUAAUUUUAUUUUUUUCCCCCCAUUCCCACCCCCCACCCACCCCCCAAAUGUGUUGUCCCCUCCUCCCCUCUGCCACCAGAGGUGUCACCCAGCACAGGGUCCAUUUCUGCAGAGGGGUUCUGACCUCUCUGUUCCCCCCUUUGGGUGCUGCUGUGCUGGGCUCAGCCCCGAUGGGUCCUGGGUGGGUGGGUGGGUGGGUGGGGGGGUGACUGCUGGGUGCCCACCAAGGGGAUUUGGGAAGGUUUCUUGGUGCUGGUUUGGGUCAGGAAGAUGAUGGAGAAGUGUGGUAGAGGUAAAGCAGGAGCUGGUAGCUGUGCCUGCCCAGCUGCAUGGGGCUGGGGGGUUGGGGUUUAUUGGGAUUUAUUUUAUUUUUUAAUAAUUUUCUUUUUGUGGUUUUCCUCUGGAAGUCCCCAAAGCUGCUCUCAGUGUUUUGCCAUCCCCACAGCCCUGGAACCACAAGGGUUUGGUGUGCCCAGAUCCUUCCAAAACUGCAACCAGAAUUAGGAAUUAGGAGCAGGAAAAGGGCUGGGAAACCUCCAGCAAUUUGUGGUACAACCCAUCUGGGAUCCCAGGACGGGCAGAAACCUUGUUCUGGGCAGGGGUUUGGUGCCCAGAUGAUGGGCAGGAGGGGAGGUUUGCAGGCAGGAGGCUGCAGGGUGCUUGGAGAGGGCUCAGCACCAGGACAAUAAUUGGAAAAAGGUUGGAAAUCAGGGAUUGAGUUCAAGGAGUUCAGUUCUGGGGGGGGGAAUUCACUGUUCCAAGUGGCCCCUCCUGCUCUGCUGGUGAUUUUGGGGGAUGGAGUUUGAGUCUGGAGCUCUCCAGGACCCUUUGGAGCAGGGAUGGAUGGGGCUGGAGAGGAGGAGCAGGGGAAGAGAGGAAUUGUAGAGCACUUAACCCAUUUCUCUGACAUCUUCCAAAGGUUCCUGAUCCCUCCUCGUCCCACUCCUUGUCUGAUCACCCCAAGCUGUCCCAGAGCCAAAGGUCCCUUUGGGGGAUUGAGGGGAGGAGCAGGGGCAGUGGGUGCUGAAGGGUUGACACGAAGCAGUUUUGUGUCUGGGAAAUGGAGGGAGAGCAGGGGAAAAAGAAUAAUAAUGAAAAA